AUGGCUGGGGCGGGGAUAUUCCUUGAUUACAUGGCAGCAGUAUCAGCAGUCAGUGCUGUAGGAUGGUUUGUUUCACCUAUUAUUAGAAGGAUGGUUUCUUUGGUGCAGUCCUAUAUGUCAAACCAGUACAACUGGAAAUCUGAGAUGGUAUCUGAUCUCAGGAAUUUGGAAACCACUUUAAUGGAUAUACUCAUCGUAAUUAGUGCGGCUGAAAGGCAACACGUAGUGGACACAAAUCAGAUACUGUUAUUGCAGCAAAUGAAAGAUGCAGUUUCUGAUGCAGAAGAUGUCUUGGAUGAGUUUGAUUAUAUGCUUUUAAAACAAAAGGGUAAGCAGAAAGGCCUUGUCAGACGCAUGGCCUCUUCCCUCUCUAUUGGUAAGCGUUUGGUCAAUAUUGACAAUUUCAGGUCAGAAUUGCGGAAGGUCCUCAAAAGCUUGGAGAGAGUUAGAACUUCUGCAGACAUGUUUGUCCGACUGAUGACAUUGGAGAGCUAUAACCCCAGUCAAUCCCUUCAAUUUUCCCAAGCAAGGAUCACAGGAUCUCUUUUGCAUGAAGAUGCAAUUUUUGGGCGAGAAAAUGAGAUUGCUCAGCUAGUGGAUCGGCUGGUGAAUCAAUUUGAUGAAUGUGCACUGAACGGUGAACAUAACUUCAGGACGGAGGUUCACACUAUUAUUGGUGUUGGAGGCAUUGGCAAGACUACUCUAGCUCAACUUAUUUAUAACAAUGAGCAAAUAGCUGAUACUUUUGACCUAAGAAUGUGGGUUUGUGCUUCCAAUAAUUUUGACAAAACUAGACUUAUCAAAGAGAUGAUAGCAUUCACAACUGAUGGUGAAAAUGCUGAACUGGCCAACUUUAAUUUCAGCAUGCUCCAGGAAGAACUUGAACGAAGACUUUCGUGCAAGAGAUUUCUCUUAGUGUUGGAUGAUGUGUGGUAUGAUGAGAAAUACGGAGUACACAUCAAUAAGGAGAUGUGGAUGGAAUUAUUAGCUCCCGCCAAAAAGUCAGCAAAUAUCUAUUCUAAGAGUCUAGGGCGAAGCAUAUCAGGAAGCAAGAUUCUAGUGACAACCCGAACAGAAUUGGUUGCAAAAAUGCUAGACUCUAGAAGCUCGUUCAUUUUACAAGGUCUUGGAAGAGAUGAUAGUUGGUUAUUGCUCAGACGAUGUGCAUUUGGCAGCAAGAAGCCAGAAGAUUAUCCGGAGUUGAAUGGAAUUAGAGAUCAAAUUGUUCAGAAACUUAAGGGCUCACCUCUAGCAUUGAAGGUUAUCGGAGGGUAUUUAAAUGGCGAGGGCAGAGAACUAUUGUGGGAGGAUGUUCUUCACAUUAAUGUACUCAAUCCAAACGAUAUUUUGACCAUCUUACAUUUAAGUUAUGAAAGUUUGCCAGAACACCUCCAACAGUGCUUUGCAUAUUGUAGUUUAUUCCCAAAGGAUUAUCGUAUUGAUCCAAAUAGAUUGAUCUGGAUGUGGAUAGCUCAGGGCCUUGUUCAUCUAGAUGGAAACACCAGUAGGAGCUUGGCAGAUAUUGGAAGGGGCUAUUUCAGUGAUUUGCUAGCUCGGUCUUUUUUCCAAGUGCUCCGCUAUGGGGGUCAAACAUAUUACACUAUGCAUGAUUUAAUGAAUGACCUCGCACUUCACGUUUCCCAUGGGGAAUGCUUUAGGGUUGACCAUGGCAGCAUUGGGGUGUUACCUCAUUAUAUUAGGCAUUUGUCCGUGUCUGCUGAACAACUGGGAGAUCUUGUGAACUAUGAUGGUCUUGGAAGACUGCGCACAUUUAUAGUUCUGAAUGAAUCUUGGUUCUGCUCCAAAGUCUGCCUGAGUCAAGAUAUACUCAAUAAACUCAAGAGUGUGCGGGUGCUGGAUGCAAGUGGGUGCUGCUUUGAAAGUUUGCCUGAAGCCAUCAAUGAUCUGAUACACCUGCGUUAUCUAGCCAUCCGACGCACUUAUUACCCACUUCCUGCAACAAUCUCCAGACUCAAUCAUCUACAGGUCUUGUCCGUGCAGUAUCAUUCAUGUGAUUCCUCCAGGAUAUCAUGCUCAAACAAGAGAAAACAACUGAAAUAUUCAAGGGGGGAAGUGAACACUACUGGAGGUCGUUUCAGUCUUCCUGAAAGCAUUAGCAGGCUUAUUAACUUGGUGCAUGUUGAUGUAGAGAAGGCUUACACUGUCAUGUUAUGGGGUAUGUAUCAGCUUCCAUCUGUCGAGGGUUCGGGAGAAUUCCUUGUUAAUAAGGAGGAGCAAAGUUUGGUCCAACUUCAGGAUUUCAACAAGAUCCGGGGAGAGAUUGCUGUUAGGUUACUGGAGAACGUAAAAAGUAGAGAGGAGGCUGCUAAGUCUCAUCUAGACUUGAAGGAACACAUAUCCAAGUUGGAGCUGGAAUGGGGACCGUGUGAUGGUGCUCAUGAUAAGGAUGUGGGUUUUCAGGUACUUGAUGUAUUAAAACCACACCAAAAUCUUGAACAACUGACAAUCAGUGGAUACCCAGGUGUCUGCUCUCCUUCUUGGCUGGAGUCUGGUUGGCUGAGAAGAUUGAAAUUGAUCUGUCUACGAGAUUGUAAAAGAUUGGAGGUACUUCCACCUUUAUGGGAUCUCCCCUUACUCAGAACUCUUGAAGUACGGAGAAUGGAAGAACUAAAAGCACUCGGCCAGGAGUUCUUUGGCCAGGCUGGAUUUCCUUCUUUGGAGAUAUUGCUACUAGAGCGCUUACCUAAACUGGAGUGGUGUCUUGUGGACAAUGAUCAAGUGUUACAGAAUCUCAAACAUCUAUCUGUUUCGAGCUGUCCACGGUUAAGAGCAUAUCCCACCCAUCCUCGUACACUCAAACAUAUAGCUGUACUUGACGAAGAAGAUAUCCAAGCUAAGGUUCACACUUAUAGCUGUGAACUAUCAAGAUCAUUUUGUCGCCUGUUAUCGAGCUACUUCCAUGUUUUUCAUGCUCAUCACCUAGAAUCUGUAGAAAAUAUGGAUAUUUAUGUCAACCAUUUGGUACACAUGCCCAGGACAUUGUUUAACAAUCUGAAAUCACUCAAAAUGUUGUAUAUAUACGGUAUCGAUCGGGCCAACACAUACUCAGUAAUUACUACAUUCUGGGAUGAGAAUGGGAGCAGCGUACUUCCUUCCUCACUUAUAUGCCUUAAAUUAGGACGGUGCUACCUGCAACCAUCCUCUUUCGCAAAGCUGUUGAAGAACCUCCCGUCGCUUGGUACACUAUGCUUAAGUGAAUGUAACACUGUUGAGAUACCUGGUCCACCGUUAAGGCUGAACCAUUUGAGGAUGCUGAAACGGUUGGACAUUUAUAAAUGUGAUUGGAUUUCAUCUUUUACGGGAUCAGAAGCACUGCUGUCCCUUGAAGAUAUGAAGAUAGAUCAUUGUUAUGACCUGGAAUCCGUACCAGACUUAGAUGACAUGCCAUCUCUUCAGAAACUACAUUUGUAUCAUUGCCCUCAAGUUAUGCGACUGUCCAAAACAGGCCACCAAACUUCACUGACUGAACUGGUUGUAAGAUCGUGCAAUUCGCUAUUAUCUCUGCAGAAGUUGUGUGACCUUGUUUCCCUUGUGAAGCUGACGAUUAUAAGUUGUUCUGAUUUAUUGUGGCUUCCUGAUAUGGAUGGCUUUUAUUCGCUUCGGGCUCUCUCGAUUUCUGGGUGCCCCCGGCUGAUGUCACUGCCACGGAGGGGUCUUCCUGUAUCACUUGAAACGUUUUUCCUGUCUCGAUGCCAUCAAGCACUGGAGGAGCAGUUUCAGCGGAAGGAAGGUCCAGAUUGGAACAAGUUUGCCGCCCUUCCAGGAUGCAGGGAGGCCCGUACAUGGUUAUGGUAAAUUUUCGGAGGUGUUUCCGCGAAGAAAAUCUUUUGUACAUAUUUCUGGAUACUGAUGGGAGGAGGGGUGCUGGAGGUGCAAGCACAUCACACUGGAAAUAGCUGGAUUCAUGUAGGCGGACAAUCCUUCUGUAGGUACUACUGGCAAGAAUAAGAUCAACAUGGAGGGGCAGCCCACAGAGGAUGAGAACAAUCUAUUACAUGAAUUCUCUUUUUGGUUGUUGGCAAGACGAGGUUGCAGGCCACCUGUUCCGGCGCCGAGAAGAAAUUCCGUUCGAUGUGCAGACUGGGCUAGAGGUUUACUGCGGACAGGUUCAGAAACGCGGACACAAUGUUCAGAGAAGGGGAUUUCAUAUUGAACAGAGGGGUGUGUAUAGGGUGGUGAUAUUAGCUUCACCGUGGACUCCAACUCUGCUCAUGUGGUAAUGCUUGCUUCACAGUUAAUCUGUUUUCCUUUUCUUCCAUGAGGUAACGAGUCAAAAAUGAAAGCUUGUUCGUUCAAGCACUGGACAGUAUGGCACCCCGGUUCUGUGAGAUGUGUGUUAUCAAUUUGUCAUCCUCUUUUAUGCA